AAUACAUAUUGUAUCGAAAGAUAAAACAAGUCAAUUUGUCUUUUCUAACGUGGGUGGUAUCUGUCUGUUGUUUCUCAGGUUAAACCGUGUAUCCUCUGCAAUUCAAAAUGUUUAAUCUCGCUGCUGUCGAGGAUACGCCCAACACAGUCAACAUACUGCUGAUGGGCGAAACUGGCGUCGGAAAAUCAACUUUCGUCAACUCCUUCGCCAACUACAUUCGCACCGACGACUUCGAGAAGGCAAGAAAAUUACCAACUCCUCUGGUACUCAUCCCCACUCGCUGCACCGUCUACGGCACGAACUCCAUGGAAGGCCAAAACCUGACCGUCGGCUUCGACGAGAACGAAACCCAAGACGUAGGUUCCUCUGCCACGCAGUGCGUCAAAAACUAUAUGUUUCCUUUGGAAGGCGAAAACUUGCUUCUGCGCUUCAUCGAUACACCAGGACUCGGAGACACGGCGGGUCCUGACAAAGACGACAAACACUGCGAAGCAAUUUUGUCGUACUUAUCGCAGCUGGACAAGAUUAACGCGAUUUGUCUGGUGAUGAAACCUUUGAAUGAUAGGAAUACGGUGCAUUUUAGCUACUGCGUGAGGAGGAUUUUGUCGCAGUUGCACAAGAGCGCGUGCGACAACUUAAUUUUUUUGUUCACUAAUACCAAAGGCAGCGACUAUACGCCCGGCAGCACUUUUGCUCUGCUGAAGGAGAUGAAGGCAGAACUGGCGUCUAAACCGCCGUUUGUGAACAUCCCGUUGGAAAAAAACAACGUCUUCUGCUUGGACAACGAGUGCUUUAAGCACUUGCUGGCUUUGAAUUUUAAGAUCGAGCUCUUUUCACGCACCCUGGAAAGCUGCGUGACGAGCUGGCAAAUUUCCUGCGAGGAAAUUGUGAGGUUUAUCAGAUAUGUCCAGAAUUUGCCGGCCCACAAUGUGAAACGGACUAUAAGCAUCAACGAAACUAAAGAACUUAUUCUGAAAUUGUCGAAACCGCUGUUCGAUAUUUGUCAGUUGAUGCAGGAAAACAUCACCAUUCUAAACACGAAAGAACAGGAAUCGGCUAGAGCGAACCAAACAAUUGAAGAGCUUAAACGAAAUUUGUAUAAACCUGUAGUCGAUAUAGAAAUUGUAAAACUCGAGAAUUCUGCUAUGGUUUGCACAGGGUCCAAGUGUGUUGACAAAUUAGAGGUGGGUCAGAUCACGAAGAGUGCCUACAGAACGAGAUGCCACGAAAAGUGUUUCCUGAGUGCCGUCACGUACGACGUCGUAGGCCAUUGGCUUCUUGCGACUUGCAGCAAGAUGUAUACAUUCCGAUCUGCGCCUUCCUGCAAGCACUGCGGCUGCUCCUACAAGUUACACAUGAUAACUUUCUACGAUACAAAGCUAGUUGAGAAGUCAGUGUUCAGCGAAGAUGUUGUGUCCGAUAUUGACAGCGAAACGAAGCAGCUCCAAAAACUUCAAGAGUGCAUCGACACAAUAAAACGGGAAAAAGGCGAACUUCAGCAAGAACUGGAUUACAUAAGCGAGUGUACUGCGAAGUUUGCGUGUUUUCUUCAAAACAACGCUAUAACGUCGUCGUACGACAGCUUCCAUGAAUACGUCUACUUGUCGCUUCAAAGAGAGAAAAGUCUUGGGGACAGAACUAACCAGGCUGUGGUGAACAAUUUGACGGAAAUUUUGACCAGACACGAGAAUUUGGUGAAGGUACUGAAGGAGAAACUUUCGCGUGAUGUCGAUCGUACAGAAGUGACAGCAGAAAGUCUCUACAAAGAUGCGCAAGAACUCUUUAACCUGAAGCAUGCGGGGCCCAAAAUUAAGGAAAUCUUUGACGCCAGAGCUGCUUGUAUGAAGAAUGCGGUCAAACCUCCUUUCAAAACUGUUGUGGCUGAGAAAAUCCCGAAGUGGUUUUUCAAACGUGGCACAGUGGCACGAACGUGAAAAUACAUGGCCAAAAUUGCUAACAACACUGUCUAUAUGACCAAAAAAGGACAGGUUCUUUAAUUUUUGUAAAGGAAUAUAGGUAGAUAUAGAGCACAACAAAGGUCUUUGUAAAAUGUUUCUUUUGAUAUUUCACCCAAAUUUCGCUUGUAUUGCAAUAAAGUUGUUUAUCAUACA